CAGAGAGCCCAAGCUUCCCCACCCACCGGGACUCCCGACUCCGGACUCCCGGAGCCCUCAGAUACAAGAGACCAGAGGGGGACUCUCCAUCUACCAGCCGGACGCCUCCUCCCCAUCGCCAGCCCCAACCCCCUGGCUGCUCCUGCCCUGGGAAGGUCUGGGGGAAGAGGCCAGGGAAACAGCCCUGCCCCUUCUCCCCCAUCCCUCCAUCCUCCCAGCACCAGCAUCUGGAGACCCCAUGGCCUGGGCUCGCUGGGGCUGCUGCCCCUGGCUUGUCCUCCUCUGUGCUUUGGGUGCCUGGGGCCACCCAAAACCAGUGGACCUGACAGGAGAGGAUGUGAGAAACUGCUCCAUCAGCCCUCCGUACCUUCCAGUUACUGCGGUCAAUACCACGGCGCAGCUCAUAGCCCUCCGCCAGCAGAUGCACACCCAGAAUCUUUCUGCCUACAUCAUCCCUGAAACGGACGCCCACAUGAGUGAGUACAUUGGCAAUCAUGACAAGAGGCGUGCGUGGAUUACCGGCUUUACAGGGUCUGCAGGAACUGCAGUGGUGAUCAUGGGGAAGGCAGGUCUCUGGACCGACAGUCGCUACUGGACCCAGGCUGAGCGGCAGAUGGACUGCAACUGGGAGUUACAUAAAGAAGUUGACAUAGCUUCCAUUGUCACCUGGCUCCUCACUGAGGUUCCUGCUGGAGGGAGUGUGGGCUUCGAUCCCUUUCUCUUCUCCAUUGGUUCCUGGGAGAGUUAUGACAUGGCCCUCAAAGACUCUAACAUACAACUCGUGUCCAUCCCAGCCAACCUUGUGGACCUGGCAUGGGGGUCAGAGAAGCCUCUGGUUCCAAGCCAACCCAUUUAUGCCCUGCAGGAGGCAUUCACAGGGGGCACCUGGCAGGAGAAGGUAGCUGACAUCCGCAGCCAGAUGCAGAAGCAUCGCAAGGGCCCAACAGCCGUCCUGCUGUCGGCACUUGAUGAGACAGCCUGGCUCUUCAACCUUCGAGGCAGUGACAUCCCUUAUAACCCCUUCUUCUAUUCCUACACACUGCUCACAGACUCCUCUAUCAGGUUAUUUGUGAACAAGAGUUGCCUUGCCUCUGAGACCCUGAAGUACCUGAAUUCCAGCUGCAUGGGCCCCAUGUGUGUGCAGCUCGAAGAUUACAGCCAGGUCCGUGACAACGUCCAGACCUACGCCUCUGGAGAUGUGAAGAUCUGGAUCGGGACCAGCUAUACUACGUAUGGGCUCUAUGAAGUGAUACCUAUGGAGAAACUCAUAGAAGACACCUACUCCCCAGUGAUGGUGACCAAGGCGGUGAAAAACAGCAAGGAGCAGGCCCUCCUCAGGGCCAGCCAUGUGCGCGACGCCGUGGCUGUGAUCCGCUACUUGGUCUGGCUGGAGAAGAACGUGCCCAAAGGCACCGUGGAUGAGUUCUCGGGGGCAGAGCUGCUGGACCAGUUCCGCGGAGAGGAAGAGUUCUCCUCUGGACCCAGUUUCGAAACCAUCUCUGCUAGUGGCCUGAAUGCUGCCUUGGCCCACUACAGUCCGACCAAGGAGCAGCACCGGAAGCUGUCUUCAGAUGAGAUGUACCUGCUGGAUUCUGGGGGACAAUACUGGGAUGGAACCACAGACAUCACCAGAACAGUCCACUGGGGCACGCCCACUGCUUUCCAAAAGGAGGCAUAUACCCGCGUGUUGAUAGGAAAUAUCGAUCUGUCCAGACUCAUCUUUCCUGCUAGUACAUCAGGGCGAAUGAUGGAGAUCUUUGCCCGCAGAGCCUUGUGGGAUGUUGGGCUCAAUUAUGGUCACGGGACAGGCCAUGGCAUUGGCAACUUCCUGUGUGUGCACGAGUGGCCAGUGGGAUUCCAGUCUGGCAACAUCCCCAUGGCCAAGGGCAUGUUCACUUCCAUCGAACCUGGUUACUAUCAGGAUGGAGAAUUUGGGAUACGUCUUGAAGAUGUGGCCCUCGUGGUAGAAGCAAAGACCAAGUACCCAGGGUCCUACCUGACCUUUGAAGUGGUGUCCUUGGUGCCCUAUGACCGGAACCUCAUUGAUGUCAGCCUGCUGUCUCCCGAACAUCUCCAGUACCUGAACCACUAUUACCAGACCAUCCGUGAGAAGGUGGGCCCGGAGCUGCAGCAGCGCCAGCUGCUGGAGGAGUUCAAGUGGCUGCAGCAGCACACGGAGCCCCUGUCCGCAAGGGCCCCACGCACUGCCUCCUUGGCCUCUCUGUUGGCAGUCUCCUCUCUUACCAUCCUUGGCUGGAAUGUCUAGAGGCCCAGACUCCCUGGCCAGCCCUCUAGCCCAGCUCCCCUCACCCUGCACCACCCCGCCCCCAGAGCCCCUGCCAGCCCAUUGCCCGGAAACCAUUGCCUUUAGCUUCCUUCUCCAGAACUAAGUCCCAGGGACACAGGGCUUCUUGGCCCCAGGCAGGCCCCCUCUGUGCCUGUACGCCUCAUCCUGGGCUCCCGACCCCUAGCCCUGGAAUAGGAGAGCCGGCUAGUCCCUUUCCUCCUGUGAGCCCAGUGGGCCUAACCUAUUACCUGGCAGAGCCUCCUACCACUGACAGCCCCCCCACCCGGCAAUGACCAAUAUAAGGCAGUACCCUACCCCCAGGAGCUCCAUGCCCCCCCCAGAGCCCCACCCUAUCGCCACCUGCUGGAUAUAGUCAGAGCUCUUCCCACCCCCACUGGCUCCUGACUUGCUGGUCUUUCCACACCCUUGAAGCUGCUUCUGACCACCCCAACCUGACCCUGGCCCUACAGUGCCCUCCUGGCUGCAGCCCACAGGCUGAAGGAACGAGGGCUGCCUCUAGGCUCCCUGCUGUGCCUGUGGAGGGAGAGGAAGGGAAGGUGGCUGAGUCUUCUGCAACCAGGAAGGCCAGCCAGAAAGAGGCACGUACACAACCUGCCCCACAUUUGAGCUCAUCACUUCCAAACUCUGGUGGGUUCCAUGCCAAUGGACAGGACAGGGAGUUAAGCUAUAGGAAUUUGGCCGGGGGGGGGGAGGAGGAGGGAAUGUGGGGAGCAUUCUGGAAUAUGACCCUACCCAAAGUUGGGAACAACCUCAGCAGCAGUGCCCAAUCACUAUCGCAGACUUCCCAGAACAUGAGUAGCCAUUUUAACUUUCCAAAAUGCAGCUACAGUGACAAUGCUGUCGAAUCCUCCAGCAUCCUUGGAUGGUCUUUAAAUGUGUGACUCUGCUUUCCCCAUUUUACAGAUAGGAAAAUUGAGCUCCAGACAGGGGGGACCUCUCCAAGGACACACAGUGUUGGGACAUGGCGGGGCCAGAAUGGGCCAGAAGUCCAGCUAUUUUGCCCUUUGGCACCAUAUAAAAUCCCUUAGCGUACUUCCCAGCCCCUUCCAAGUUCACUGAGCCCACUGUUGGGGGCAGGGUGAAGGGGAGGGAGGGAGUUUUCUUUGGUCAGCCCUGCCGUUAGCCACCUGGGCUCACAUCCUGCUAGAUGCUUAAAACAGCAUGGCAACAAAGCCUGCCUCCGGGUUUUGCAUUGUGUCUUCUGUGUUGCUGGGGACUGCUGUUACCUGUGGCUUUUGUGGUGGGGGAGGAAGGGGAGGCGCUGAGGUGGGGGGAGGAUGUGAGGCUCCCAGAAGCUCAGUGGUGGAGCACAUGUGCUUGAGAAUGGGCAUGUGAGCAUGCGUGCUUGCAUGCGUGUGAACAUUCACGUAUUUGCAUGCAUGCCACGCCCAGCCAACCACCACCUGUGCUAAAGGUCACAGCCUCUGGAGAGGGUGGAAGGGAGCCCCAUGCUGUGGGACUUGUGAGUGUAGUCCGGGAAAGUUGGAAGCAGCACUUGUGUUCUGCUGAGCAGGGUCAGGGGGAGGAGAGAACCAAGUCUCCGGGGCAGAGUGCUGGGUGAAGGCGCCAGGCACAGGAGUCUUCCCGCCUGGGAUCACCAGGCCUAGCUGGCUGAGUGAGGGUGACCUGUAGCAGUUAUCACCACUGAGGCUUGCAUCCAAAGGCCCCGGCUCUGAGCCAUCCCCACUGCAAGCCUAUAACACCCGACAGUGGGCUUCAGCUUGCUGAUUCAUUUACUCUCUCACCUGGGCACCCCACAAAGACAGCUACUAAUAAUAAAGUUAUCACUACCAUCAUCAUCAUGACCAUCAUCAACGAUACCAUUCACUGAGUGUUUCGUGUAUUUGAGGCACUGUGCUUUAUAUGCACUUUAAAAAUAUUUUUUAUUUUAUUGUGAUAAGAAUGGUAAACAUGAGAUCUAUCCUCUCAUAUAUUAAGUGUGCAAUACAUUAUUGCAUUUUCCCACUUAAUCUCCACAACCUCUGAGAAGGUACUUUUACUGUUCCCGUUUUACAAGUGAAGAAAAUGAGUAAGGCUCAUAGAGAUUAACCAACUUCGCUCAAGGUCACUCCUCAAGGAAAUCAUAAAAGCAGGACUCACACCAGUCAGAUGAUUCCAGAAACCACUCUUUCAGAAAAGGGCAGGUGGUAUGGCUCUCACAUACCUCAGAAAACUGAGGCUCGGCCAGGAUCACACAGCUGGUGGGUUGGGACUCAGACCCAACUGUUGUUCUGCACACCAUCCUGCUUCCCCAGGGCCUGCCCACCCAGAUCUUUCCCUUUGAUCCCUGACGCUUGCUCCUGGGAUUCUGGCACACCAUAGGCAGCAGGCAGGCCUGGGAAACCUGACCAGGACCUGCUCACAGGCCUCUCGGCCCAGGAUAGUUCUUGUGCUCCCCUUUCCUCCCUUCAGUGCAAGACCCAGGGCUCUGCCUCAUCGCUUCCCUUAACUACCCCUGCCUCAUCGCUUCCCUUAACUACCCCUUCCAAUGAGGUGGGGUUGCGUCAGAAGCAUGGCUGUGGGGGCUGGGGGCUGCUGCUGCCACCCCAGCUCCUCCCUCCUUGGGGACCGCAGCUGGGCCAGUUGUGGGUCUAGAGGCAAGUCACUUCACCUCUCUGGUCUUCAGUUCUGUCUUCUGUAAACGACCUAUACCACCUUCCCCAUGAGGUUACAGUGAGAGGCUCCGGAUGUGACAGCACUCUGUGAGCCAGGAAGCCACGCAGACAGGAGAUGAGACUGCUAUUGUUCGCUCAGCACGAGUUCAACUCUUGCCUCACCUUUGGAGGGAGGUAAGGAAAAAACUGGGGAUCCAAAUUUUAUAUAUACAUUGAAACUAGACAGGCUUUUGACCAAGUAUCUAAUUUGAGUUUUUCCAGCUAUGCUUCCUAAGAGCCCGAGUUUCCUUAGAAAUGCCACAAAGACUACCACGAAAAGCAGAGCUCCAGCCAAAAGCAGGCGGCAUGGGCUUCCCAUAAAAUUGCAUUGAAAGUAGUUGCAGGGCCAGCUUCUGGGUGAUCGACCUGUGCAGUCACGCAGGGCCUUGUGCUUAGAAGAGCCCUGUCCUGUACAGGGGUGCCUGGGUGGCGCAGUCAGUUAAGUGGCUGCAUUCGCGUCAGGCUCCCUUCUCAGUGGGGAGUCUGCUUGUCCCUCUUUCUCUGCACUUCUCCCCGCCCCGCUCAUGCUCGCUCUCUCUCAAAUAAAUAAAUAAAUAAAAGCUUAAAAAAAAAAGAAGAGCCCUGUGUCCCACUGUCACCACCUUGAAAUUUAAAAGUUUUUGAACAAGGGGCCCUACAUUUUCACUUUAUACCAGGUGCCACAAAUCCCAUAGCCAGCCUGGACUAGGACCUCCAUGACCAAAACAAAAACAAAAACAAAAACAAAACAAAACAAACAAAACUAAGAAAAAGCGGGCUUCCUCCCUUUGAUGUACGGAUGGGGAAAUGCAACAACAGCCCAGAAGAAGGAGGGACUUGCCCAAGGUCACACAGCCCUUGGCGCCAAAGUGAGGAUUAAAUCC